CCGAUCCGGGCCGCAGUCAUCCUGAAGCCACCGCAUCGGUCAGUACAGUGUCCGUGACACGUCUUAUAUCGGCCAGUGAUAUCUCGACCUGUCCUCGAUCGGGUCAGAGUGCGCAUUACGCAGCAAAGGCAGUCAAUCGCGUCGACAAACUGGAACGUAACGACGAACCUCUGCGUUCGCUCGGUUCCAGUUCGAUAAUAAACAGCUAUUUGCUUUCCGUUAUUAACAAGACGAGGAUGCGUCCCAUAAAUAUAAAUGCGGUUAUACACAUUAUUUCAUUGAUAAAAUCGACCCGACCAUAUACAAUAGUUGGACGAAUGUAACUGCUUCCAGACACAGUGUUUUAGGUUUUACAUAGAUACACAGGACAAAGUUCUAACGUAUUCGGAUAAGAUGUGGACGGUUUUACUGACCUUGGCAGUGACUAGUGCCGUGGGAGAAGUGGUGAACAUCCACGUAAACAAUGAUACGCAGUCGAAAUUCAGCUUCGAAGUCGAUUACGAGAACAAUCAAUUUCUGCUCGAUGGAAAACCCUUCCGAUACAUAUCCGGCAGUUUUCAUUACUUCCGAACGCCCAGGCAAUAUUGGAGAGAUCGUUUAAGAAAAAUGAGAGCAGCCGGGUUAAACGCUGUUUCAACAUACGUGGAAUGGAGUCUUCAUCAACCGAAUGAAAAUAAAUGGCAUUGGACAGGUGACGCGGAUGUAAUAGAGUUCAUAAACAUUGCUCAGGAAGAAGGUUUGUUCGUGCUUUUGAGGCCAGGCCCUUACAUCUGCGCGGAGAGAGAUUUUGGUGGACUUCCAUACUGGUUACUAGCACGAGUGCCGGACAUAAAAUUGCGUACAAACGAUCCACGAUACAUGAAAUACGUAGAAAUAUAUUUAAACGAAGUAUUGGACAAAGUUCAGCCCUACCUAAGAGGAAAUGGAGGACCUAUAAUAAUGGUUCAGGUGGAAAAUGAGUAUGGAAGCUACGCAUGUGACACGGAAUACUUAGGUCGGCUUAGAGACAUAAUGAGACAGAAGAUUGGUACGAAGGCACUUCUGUAUUCGACCGAUGGAUCGAACGUGAAUAUGCUACGUUGCGGAUUUAUACCAGAGGUUUAUGCCACCAUCGAUUUUGGACCCAACACGAACGUGACGAAAAACUUUGAGAUAAUGCGCAUGUAUCAGCCACGAGGUCCCUUAGUAAAUUCAGAAUUUUAUCCCGGGUGGUUGACACACUGGCAGGAACCGUUUCAAAGAGUGCAAACCGCAGUAGUUACGAAAACCUUGGACGAAAUGCUAUCUUUGGGUGCUUCCGUUAACAUAUACAUGUUCUACGGUGGAACAAAUUUUGGUUAUACCGCUGGUGCUAACGGUGGCGACAACGCGUACAAUCCGCAAUUGACCUCUUACGAUUACGAUGCUCCGUUAACCGAAGCUGGUGAUCCAACGUCGAAGUACUUUGGGAUCAGAAACGUCGUAUCCAAGUAUUUGCCAUUGCCCAACAUGUCCCUUCCAUCGCCAUCUCCAAAAGGAGAUUACGGCACGGUUCUUCUAUCGCCGAUUCUAAAAUUAUUCGAACUUCGUGCCCGACAAUUAUUUGGAACGAUCAUGGUCGAAGCAAUGAACCCAUUGACGUUCGAAGAACUGGGACUGUCUCAUUGGCUCGUACUAUACGAGACCGAUCUAGUACGUGGCUCUUCGGAUCCUGCGAUUUUACACGCCAAAGUUCGCGACAGAGCGUUGGUCUACGUAGACGAUCACCUCGUUGGAGUUCUAAGCCGUACCGAUAGUAUCUACGACAUAAGUAUAGAGGAGCCUUACGGACAAAGACUGAAGCUACUGGUCGAGAACCAAGGACGAUUGAACUAUGGAAGUGGACUUCACGAUUAUAAGGGUGUUUCAGAGGUGACUCUAAACGGUAUGUCCCUUGGCCCUUGGAAAAUGACUGGAUUCCCUCUGGAUAGCGUGCCGUCUACUCCUCUCGACGACGUCGAAUCCACCCUAUCCAUAAGCAAAACUCUUCGCGAUGGCCCAGUUAUACUUCGAGGAAACUUUUCAAUCUCUGGCCAACCGAUGGACACUUAUCUAAACACCGGUGGUUGGGGCAAGGGAGUUGCUUUCGUCAACGGACGCAAUUUAGGUCGAUACUGGCCGCUGGUUGGUCCUCAAAUCACUCUCUACGUUCCCGCAUCUUAUUUGAGAACAGGUGAAAACGAGUUGUUGCUGGUUGAAUUGGAAUAUAUACCGAUGUCCAAGGAGAUGAAGUUGCAAAAUGAACCAAUUCUCGACUACAAAGUUCGAUAUUCCAAUAGCCAGGAUAACUCGAACGAUAUACGUGUUUUAGUCUGAUCGUUGCUCGGAAGACUUUUGCGAAGCUUUUAGUCCUCUUCGUUCUUAAAAGACCGGUUAUCGUGAAUCGUGUGCAGGAUGAUCGCUGCGUAAUGAUGUUCCGUGGGAAAUUGUAUGAUAAAAAUAAAUUUUAUAUUGAUACGCAAUUGGAAAUUUCUCGAUAAGUAUAUUUCCCUAAUUCGUUAUUACAGGUCAACUGUGGAUAUUUAUGCAUGCUUUUUAUGAAGAUAAUUAAAAAGGCGAAGCAUAGAAAAUUAUUUAACUUACGAAAUAUUAUAACGAGAAUUAUACUUUGCAUAUUUUAUAUAAUUUUGUAUAUCAGGUGCAUUUUGCGCGUCUUUCGCAGCUUGAAAUUUCCCAUGAAUGCGUACAAAUUCGUAGUCUAAUUAUAAUUAUCGUAAAGCCAGCUUAUUAAAAGAUAAACGUUACGUUGAAGGACAAUCGAAAUUAAUAACGAUAAUGAUAAUCGGUGACGAUCUAAUUUCAGGCAUACGUACAUGUGCUCGUUUGAUUCAUUACACAGACAAGGUUUGCUUACAGCCUAUAUUUAUACUAUGUGUUCAACGUAUCAUACACUUUGAUUAUUUUAAUUACUUGGGAUAAUGAAAAGGUAUCCAAGAAGUCCAAGAAUAAAUCGCGGAAAGUUGUAGAUGGUUCCUGUUUACUUCUUCGAAAGUAAACGCGUUAAUCGAUAUUUCGUUUUCUGCGUUUGAAGAAUUAGCGAUGGUAUUUCGAAUUGGCAAAUCGAGAUCGUGAGACUGCUCGUGCGAUCGCAAAUUAUUUAUCACGGCAAAUUGUUUCUUGCAUAUGUUACAACGAUACGGCCUGUUUCCUGAAAAGAAAUCAACCAUUCAGCUCUUAUUUUAUUCCAUGAAAUAGUUCACGGAUAAUUUACCAUAACUUAAUCUUUCGAUAAAAGCUGAUAAAACAUCGAUCAAGAUAUAAAGAUACCAAAAGACGAACAAUUACAAUACAUAUAAUUUCGUACAAACAUUUUAAAACGUGUGAAUUUAUUUUUAUAAAUGAGAAAUUAUUAUUUUCUAAAAGAAAAAAUUACUCCUACUCUCUGAUAUCGUUCACAGACUGUCAAAGAUCCAUCGGUUGUUAGUUCUUACACUUCGCCAUGUCUAAUUAAUAUUAAUUACCAGUGUGCACUUGCAUGUGAUGAUGUAGAGCUCCAGGUUUACAGAAUCCUCGAUUGCAAACCGAACAUCGCAUCGGCCAGUUGCCACUGUGAGAAUACCCAUGAGCUCUUAAAUCACCAGGGGUUGGAAAGGAACGUCCGCAUUCGUUGCAUUUAUGCGGUUUUUCCUGUAUAUUGCAUUUUACUAUCAGUAUUAUACAUUAGAUUUUGCGAUAUCGUUUAGAACAAGAAGCAGCAAGUUAAACAAAGUAAGCUUGUUUGCUUAUUUUACUUUAUGAACUUAUUUUACUUUAAAAAAAGAUUAAUAAAUAUCAAAGACUAAUAAAAACCUUAUAAUGUGUCAUUCGAUGAUAAUACAAAUUUGACGAAGCAGUGAAACGCUUUCCGCACAUUGGACAUUCGUGUGGCCGUUCUCCAGUGUGUAUUCUGACAUGUGUAUUCAAGGAGCUGCUUGUACUGAACAUUUUUCCACAGACGACGCAACCAUGUGGCUUUUCACCUAUUAAUGAGCGUAAUUUGUCAUUCCUUUGAAUUUAAUUUUAUUCCAAUAAAAAUUGUCUAUUUUCUAAAUAUCUUAGUUUUAAAUCUAUGAUCUAUGUUAGCUAUGAUAAAAUUGUAAGAAUAUUUCAUCCAAGUGAAAUUAAAAUUCCAAUUACUAUA